AGUGAAACCUCGGCGGCACGCGGAAUCCGGCGGUCUCCCGAUCCAAACCCCCAUUUCCGACUUUCGAGUUGGAAGUUGAAACCGAACCUAUCCAACUUCCACCGGGCGGCCACCGCCGGAGUCGGAGGAGACGGCGGCGGGAGCAGCCGAACAGAGCCUUACGAGCUAGCCAGGCGGAUUCGCCAUGCGGAGGAAGCUGCUGCAGUUCCAGUCCCUCCUCGCUCAGCACGCCCUCCGCGCUGCCCCAAAACCCAGACCCCAACCUCACCACCACCACCGCCUCCUCCACUCCCCCUCCCCUUCUCCGCCCGCGGCCGUGCCCCCCUCUCCGUCGUCCCACCUCCCGUGGCGCCCGUCCGGCACCGCCGCCGCCUCUCUCCUCCCGGGGAGCGCCGCGGCCGUCACGGCGGCCGCGCGGACCGCCGCGGCCCGGUGGCUGGCCGCUGCACGCGGUGCCGGAUCGCUCGCGUUCUUCUCGCUGCAGCGGCGGAGGGCCUCGGGGUCGGGGUGGUCCUUCUCCGCGUCCACCUUCCUCCGCGGUGCGCCCUGGGCGCACUGGAUGGAUUCUGCGGACGGGGUGGUGUGGAUGCUCAUCGGCGCGAAUGUGGCCGUCUUCAUGCUCUGGCGCGUGGCUGAUCCAGGGUUCAUGAGGAGACAUUUCAUGAUUUCGUUGGAUAAUUUCAAGAGUGGAAGGUUGCACACUUUGCUCACGAGUGCUUUCAGCCAUGCAGAGCUUGAUCACCUUUUCACCAAUAUGAUUGGCCUCUACUUCUUUGGGAUGAGUAUUGCUAGCACAUUUGGUCCUGCUUUUCUGCUGAAGUUGUACGUAGCAGGAGCACUCACUGGAUCGGCAUUCUUUUUGCUAGAGAAGGCUUUUCUAGCUCCCCGGAAACAGGGUUACGUAGGAUGGGAUACUUCAAGAGCUCCUGGACUUGGUGCAAGUGCUGCAGUUAAUGCAACUAUCCUUCUUGAGAUUUUUCUGUAUCCAAAGAGACUAGUCUAUCUUUACUUCCUCAUUCCUAUUCCAGCUGCAUUUAUGGGGGCUGCUUUGAUUGGUGCUGAUUUGUUAAGGGUCAAGAAGGGGCAGGGUCAUGUAUCAGGUUCUGCUCAUUUAGGGGGUGCCCUAGUUGCUGCUCUUGUGUGGGCUCGAGUUAGGAAAGGCUGGAUGUGAUCUUUCAGCUUUAUAUAUGGACCAAAAGUGCAAAGCCAACCAUCUGCGCCCACCUUAUUGGUUGAAAUUUGCAUUUGUUGUUAUGUGAAGUACUGAGGAUUGAGGGAUGACUCCUAGAUCGUGCUACUUACUGCCCUAGAUAAUUGCAUGGCGGGUAUCAUCAACUUUGGAUGAAAUUUUGAAGUUUAUUUGGGCGAAGACCAUCCUUGAACAAAGAAGAACCUAAUCUCAGUUGGCAGGUGACAUUUGAGUACUGGAGAUUAUGACAGGACUACAAACUAGAAAGUAGGGGAAAGCUGUAUGGCAGGGGAGUGACGAGGGAACGAUUCAAAGUGCAUACUGAUACUGAAGAAUGCCCGUUGAGUGAUCGAUCCUAUCGAUGUCUCAAAAUGUUACUAUCUUUGUUUAAUGGUGUUUCCUGCUGCUGGUGCAUAUCA